AACCAAAAUGGCGAACGUGCUGGGGGAAAAUGAGCCAUUUGUUAUUUUCUGAGCACGGCGCAACACCCGCAAGUUUUCCGGACGCAGUUUGGGAAUAAAUCGGCCAGCGGACGUAGCGGGACGCCGGGCUUUACUCUGAUCCGCGUAUUUUUUUCGUUGUACGAGUCGGUUGUGGAAGCGGAGGUGACCGAAUGAGAGACUCAGGGGUUGUGGAUCACCUGCCGGUCCAUCACAGAGCUCAUCCCCAGCGGCAGCAGCAGCAGGAGGCCGUGUCCUUGUCCCCCACCAGCCUCUCUGUCAGGGGGGAGUAUGGAGAAGACGGCAUGUCUGACAGGUUUACAGAGGGACAGGACGUCUUGGCCCGGUGGUCGGACGGAUUGUUCUAUUUGGGGACGAUCACAAAGAUAGAUCGGGACAAGCAACGAUGCUUCGUGAUUUUCGAGGAUCAGUCGAAGUCGUGGGUUCUUUGGAAGGACAUUCAAACGGGAGAUGAAGAUGAUGAUGACGACGAAGACGAUGACAUUGUGUGCUCCAUAUGCCAGGAUGAAGCCUCAGAGGAACCCAAUGAGAUUGUCAUUUGUGACAAAUGUGGACAAGGCUACCAUCAGCUGUGCCACAACCCCAUCAUCGACGCUGCUGUCAUUGACUCUGAUGACAAGUGGCUUUGCUCAGAAUGUGAGCUCACCUCCAUGCCCAAGAGGGGGAGGGCGCACAGAAGGGGAGCAUCUGCUAAAGGCUUUCUGCAGCAAGAGCAGCAUCAGCAGCACAUGGAGCUCCACCUGUCCUUCCCGUACACACUGGAUGAACUGGUGUGGGACCAGGGCCACAAGACGAACAUCCAGCAGUGCUACUGCUACUGUGGUGGUCCUGGAGACUGGUACCUGAAGAUGCUCCAGUGUAGCAGGUGUCAGCAGUGGUUUCAUGAAGCCUGCCUCCAUUGCCUACAGAUGCCCAUGCUCUAUGGAGAUAGGUUUUAUGUGUUUAUUUGUUCUGUUUGUAACGGGGGUCCAGAGUACCUCAACCGCCUGCCUCUCAGCUGGAAAGAUGUCACACACCUGAGCCUGUACAAUCUGAGUGUGAUCCACAAGAAGAAGUACUUUGACUCCGAGAUGGACCUGAUGGCUUACAUCAACGACAACUGGGGGCUGCUGCAACUAGGAGAGCUCGCCAACACUCCAAGAUCAGAGCGAUACGAAAGUGUUCUCGGGGCUCUAAACAACAACAGCUGCAUGUUCAUGUCAGGGAAGGAGGUAAAGAAGAAGAAGCACUUGUUCGGCCUAAGAAUCCGCUUCCCUCCUGCUCCUCCCAACUGUGACGAGCCGUCCGGCAGAGUGAUGGAGAAGGCUUCACACGAGAUCACCAUCAAGGGGUGCAAGUCCACCAAAGCGCUGUCUGCCAUGAGAAGUUCUAGUGCUCUAACCAAUGGCACGGACAAGAAGAAGAAAAAGAGGAAGCAAGGAGCUCGUUCUCUGGAGUCUCUGGCUAAACCACAACGCUCCACUGAGCUGUUGUCCCAGGAAAUCAGAAAGCCUCUACCACUAGAGUCCCAUGCAUUGGAUCACUUAACCUCUAUCAAGAGCGACAGGUCUCUGCUGUCUUCACGAACUUCAGAUGUGGAAUCCAUAGGAGCCCUGAGCACCUCAGAAACUACCUCAACUAGCAUUUCAAGACAGUCCAGCCUCUGUAGUUCCAGCAAGACACGUGCAGCAGCCAGCAUUAUGCCCGUUUCCCCUCCGCCUAUAAAAAGGAAACGUGGGCGACCGCGACGGGCCCUGCAGCCCCCCAACCCAGAGAUCCCUCCUCCUAGCCAUGCAGACACAAACCCGUCGGCCGCAGAGAUGCUCAGCAGCCUCCCGGGCCUUCACUCCACAGACAUAGUUCACGGCAUGGACCCCAACAGCCAGCUCUCCCACCUCAAGAGCUCCAUCAGCAGCUAUUUCGGAGCAGCUGGGCGUCUGGCUUGUGGGGAAAAGUACAAAGUUCUGGCCCGACGGGUCACCCUUGAUGGCAAGGUGCAGUACUUGGUGGAGUGGGAAGGAGUCACUGCCUCCUAGGCUUCAUCACUCUCACCCUCUGACUCUUAACCAGCACCGUCAGGAGGAUGAGGCCGUGCUGAGGACAUGUGUAUUCGGAGCAUUAACUGAUAUAUGCCUUUGUUUAGUUUAGACAGGAGCGAGUUUUGCCUGUUGAGCUUCCUGUAAAGCCUACUGGUUCAGUGUAGUCCAGAGUGGUUACCACACGCAUGUAUCGCCGCGUUCAAGGAUUACAGCUGAUCAGUCAACGUGAAGAAUGGUCACGCCACACCAUAUCUGCCAUAUCUUACCUUCUCGUUAUGUGCUUUGAAUGUUUACAGAAACCCCCCAUUUGUUCUGGGGCCAACAGUCGUUCUGUACACUGCACCUGUAGGCUUUCAGUGACCCAUUUAUUAUGCUUGAUUUUUAAUCCAGUGAUAUGCUUUUCGUUUCCAGACCAGUUGAGUAUGAAACUGUAAGUUUUUGUGACAGAAUGUAGUUGGUCAGGUAUUAAAAUGGUGAAUCUUGGAGGGUGUAAGAGAAAGAGGGGCAAAUUUUAAUUUAAACAUUAACUGUUUGACAGCUGCAAUUGCGCAGUAAACAAAAAUACUGCUCGUUUCGUUAUUUUUAAAAAUAAUUUUUUUUAUACCAAAUGUGGUAAUAAAACAUGUCCCUUUACAACAGUGUCCCCCCUCUGAGUCCCAGCUCUGAGUACCUCCGGUUGCGUUGGCAGGCUUAUCCUUCAACUCUGUUUUGGAAAGCGUGCUAGUUUUUGAGCAGUUAAGGAGGAACUCAAAGAGACGUGCUGCUGCAAAUGUUUAUUAUUUUAUAUAGAACUAUACUACAUUUGUUAUUACCCUUCUUGUUCUUUUUCAUAUGCCUUUUCUGUUCAGUAGGGCAGACAUCUUAUGUUAUUUUAAUUAUGGAUUCACUUGCACGUAUCAAGUUCUAUCCGUUAGGCCAAUAUGUAAUAAUUUAAGGUUUUCAGCUUAUUAUUAAAGGAAGUGUUUCUUCAGGAGUUUAAAUGUGGGAUUCUUAGCAUCCUUAAAUGUCAAAAGGCCAGACCUAAAGGGUUUCCUCGUAAAUCGUGUCCAUUCUGGAAGAAAAAAAAACAAACUUUGUUUGCAUAGAUUUUGUGAAGAAGCUUCAGUGUCCUUGUCUAAAUACAUAGCCUUUUUUUUUUUUUCUUUUAAAGCAUUUUGAUUUAAAAUGAAUAACACGACUGUUAGCAUUGAAAGGACCUAAUUUAGUUUUAUUUCGUCUGCUUGUUCAGUUUCUGCAGAAGAUGAAUGUUGUACACCCAUGUUCCCAAACCAAGAGUUCAGACUUGUUUUGCUUUUUAUUUUUGUGCUGCCUAUGCAAGUUAGUCCUGGAAAAAGCUGUUGUUCAGAAUUGGACCGUAUGGCUUGAGAAAGGGGAGCUGCAGCAUCGUUGGUGUGAUGAUUUGACUCAGGCGUUCAAUUUUCCGUGUGAUGAGUGCAACAGAAAUGCGCUUCGUUGUUUUUUUUUUUGUUUUUUUUUACGUCAAGUUCACGUUGUGGUCUGCACACUCAGGACAUGCCCCAAAACUUCAUUGCGUUGGCCAGCUUUUGCAGCAUGACAGGUGGUUUUGAUACAAGUUGUUCACUCGUUGUCGGUCAGUGUUUUAUAUCCGCUUCUGUAUUUCUCAUUACUUUGGACCGUAUUAACAUGUAAGCUUUUUUUUUCUUUUAAUUUUUUGAGCAAAAAUAAUUGGUAGUCCGUUUUACUGCUACACUCGCUUGUUUAAACUGAGUCAGAAAACAAUCACUGGAAAACUAAAAUGCUGUAUGUCAUUGCAAGAGGUAAAUAUUCAGUUCGUAUCUCUUUUUGGAGAUGUUUCUGCUUUUGUUAAAGAUGAACACACACUGAUAGGUCUUGUUUUGUAGGGAUGUAUUCAGUGCAUUUGAAGCUUCUCUCUGUGUUCGGUCAGUGUCUCAGCCCACACGUUGCUAUCACUGGCUUCCAGCAGGCUUCUGCAGCCAAAGAACAUACAUGUAACGUCUGCUUUGUCUUUUGAGAUUCUUCUUAUUACAUUUUUAUACAUCAUUAUAUAGGUUGACGUGUUACUUGUGAACCUGUUUUGUUAAAAAUAAAUAAAAGCAGAUAUUUUGAA